ACACAGAGCACAAAGAACGUAGAAUGAGUCAAGUGAAAAAGCAAAAUUCUUUUAUAAUUCAAUGAUUAAUUUGACAAGACCUCAACGUAUUGUAUACCUCCACUAUCACAGAAUCACAUCAAUCAAACACAAUGGGCACCUUAACGAAAAGCGCGAGAUCACUCCCACUUCUAAAGAAUGGUCUAAGACCUGAUUACAAUGUGAUAAAUAUUUCGUCUUCGAAAGGAUUCCGGCGUUUCUCCUCUUUGAGAUCAGACGUACAGAUCGUUGAGGUUGGGCCAAGGGACGGACUACAAAUCAUCAAAGCAUCCAUCCCCACAGCGACCAAAGUCGAGCUGAUUCGCAGACUCGCCGACACAGGAUUAAUCAACAUCGAGGCCACUUCCUUCGUGUCUCCAAAAUGGGUUCCUCAGCUUGCCGAUGGAGCCGAGGUCAUGAAGGAGAUCCUUGCGCGCCCUGGCCACAUCUACCAAUCUCGUCAAAUGAACUACCCCGUUCUGGCACCGAACCUCAAAGGUUUGGAAAACGCGAGCCGGGCUGGGGCAAAAGAGAUUGUGGUCUUUGCGUCUGUGACGGAGGCGUUCAGUAAGGCAAACCAGAACUGUACCGUUGAAGAAGCACUUCAACAAUGUGAAGCUGUCACCAAGAAGGCGCUGAGCCUCGGUAUCAGAGUUCGCGGUGUCAUUUCUUGUAUGUUCUCAGACCCAUUCUCGGGCCCUACAUCACCAAGCGCUGUUUUGCCAGUGGUGAAAAGGUUACUGGAGAUGGGCUGCUACGAAGUUGGCUUAGGAGAUACUCUCGGUGUCGGUACCCCGAAGAAGGUCCAGGACGUUCUCGACAAACUCCUUGCCGAGAUAUCUCCCAACAGACUUGCCGGUCACUUCCACGACACCUAUGGCCAAGGAAUUGCGAAUAUCGUCCGUGCCUACGAGAUGGGUCUUAGAAAGUUUGACAGUAGUGUUGCCGGCCUCGGUGGCUGCCCUUAUGCGCCUGGAGCCCGAGGCAAUGUUGCGACCGAGGACGUUAUCUACACUCUGGAGAACUCGGGAAUCAGUACUGGUGUGGACUUGAAUAAGCUUUGCAAUGUCGGGCAGUGGAUAUCCAAGGAGAUUGGCAUUCCAUAUGGGAGUAGGGCGGGUGCCGCUUUGGUUGCCAAGAGAAGCAACACUAUCUCCAGCUCAGGCACGCCGAAACCUACACCUCCAAAACAACAUCGGUCAUGGAAGAUUGUGGAAGACACUGGAGAAUAUCGUGUCUCUCGAUCGGGUACCGCCUUGAAAGUCACCCUGACACGACCGAAGAAUGGAAAUGCCUUGACUGAUUCCAUGCUUGAAGGUCUGACCGCCCUUUUCAAGAAGCUUCCUCAAGACCCAUAUGUAUAUCAUCUCGUGAUUGAGUCAGAGGGCAAGUUCUUCUGUACGGGCAUGGACCUUAGCGGAAACACUGACACGGACAACGGCUCCGACGAUGGCAGCUACUACGCCAAGGUUGCUGCAUUGUAUGAAGCCGUAGACCACGUUCCCCAGACCACCAUCGCCGUCGUCGACGGGCCAUGUUUCGGCGGCGGGGUUGGAUUGGCGUUCACUUGCGAUGUUCGGCUUGUAUCCCCCAAAGCGCGUUGGACACUCAGCGAGAUCAAGAUUGGGGUCAGUCCAGCCGUGAUUUCCAAGUAUCUCGUGCGGGAAUGGGGUGCUUCUAUCGCUCGUGAAGGCAUGCUCUCUGGAAGGGAAAUACGCCCAGAAGAGCUCGCUCGGGUAGGAGCCGUUCAUGGAAUAAGCAGCGAUGGGGCGUCGUUGACAACGCUACUGGACAAUUAUCUGGAUCAGCUGGAUAAAUGUGCUCCUCGAUCUGCAGCUAUUAACAAGGAACUCACAAGAAUGGCCUGGUUAUCACCGGACAGUGAGAAGCAGGCGAGUCUGGUCAAGAGGACAUUCGCCAACAUGAUGGUCCCCGGAUCCGAGGGGGAGCAUGGAAUUAGGCAGUUUCAAAAGAAGGUCAAGUCGUUCAGCUGGAAGGAUUUUUGGGGAAACAAGAGCCCUUUAGAGAAGUCCAUCUAUUGAUUGCUUUCACACUGAGAGUCUAAAUAUUUAGCUUGAAUUGUGUGAGGAACGAAUUAGUUGAACACUCCAAGACACACUCAUUGUUGCCUUCUUUACCUUUGUGUCGGUAUUUGAAGCAUAUCUUGAUCCUCCAACCUUUGUGUGUAGUAGCUACCUUGUCAUACAC